AUGGCUCCGUCUCUCUUCGCGUUCAUUCUCAUUGCGUCUGGCGUUGCAGUCACGACUGCAGUCGAUGUUGAUCUCAUGCCGAAGAUCGGGUUCGAGCUGGAAAGUCCCGGUGCCUUGCUCAUCAACACCAAGUGCUCCCCGAAGCAAAAGGAGCUGCUGAAGGGCCACAAAAUCAAAGAUCAUUCGGGCGACGGAUGGUUUCUUGGCGUCGACACUACUCCGCUCGAAGGCGCCUUCAUACAAUUUGAAUACGACCUCCUGAUCUCCAAGCCGGACGCAGACCUCCUCGACAAGCCCAUGAAGCAGAUACUGUCUGAUAUGGAACGCAUACAAUCAGAUUCGUCCGACUUCGAGCUUGAAGAUUCUCCGUGCAACCCGUGGAAGAAGUAUGUGCAACGCGACGUGUGGACAUGGGAAGCACAAGCCACAGGUCCGAUGAUGCUAGAGGGCAUCCAAGAUAUACUCGCAGACACGGUUGCCGGCGAGCGAGACGCCCUGGUAGUUUGGGGAAAGGGCGAUUACUGGCGGAAGUACCACGUCCUUGUCACAAAGGACUGGUUCCUCAAGUCCGAUUAUCUCCAAAGACUGUCUGGUGCAUCAACUGCCCGCGACGACCCACUUGCAUGGGUCACGCAAGAUGUUCUGGGGUUUCUAUCGAUUGUUCUAUCCAACGCAAAGUCGGCACAGCCCUUGCUAGGCGACGCAGGUAACCUAGGCGCGAAAGCGCUAUUAGCUGUCAUGCCGCGGACUGACUGGUCCACGAUUUACGAGCAGGUCAAGGAGAGGAUUCCAGGAGGUCUUUGGGAUCUCAUCAACCAUCUCGCGUGCUACAAAAACAGUGGUGAGGGAGAGGAUCGAAUCAAAGGAGUCGAGCAGGACAAAGAGUACUGCUCUGGCAGCGAGUCUGAUCCGGUGCCAAACAGGAAACUGGAGUCCCAGUUUUGGCAGAUGCAUGUCAACCCAGAGACCACGAAACGAGACGACAAGGUAGAACUAAAGUACCAAUCGUAUCUCAAGGAAUUCUCGAAGCGGUUCCCCGAGAAGAAGAUCGAAGAUUUAGAGGACGAUGUGAAAGACAUGAUACUGGAGACGGCUGAGUAUAGCGUUGAAACCUUCACACAAGUCGAAACACUGAAUGUGAAGGAGUGGGUCGAGAGUAUGGAGGAGUUGAAGAAGCCUGAUGCCUUGACUAAAUUCGACAAGCUCCAAGGAAGCCACAUCGGCGGUUUUGGCCCACGGCUCGAGUAUGCGAUCAACACCAAGCGGGCGGUACCCAUAUGGGAGUUCAGAGACCUAGGCUACUACGAAGGAAAGGUUGUGCUUCCAAAGCUGCAAAGAAUUGUGCGGGGGUUCCAGAGGUUACACAAGAAGUAUCCUAAUAGGCCUUGGUGA